AUGGAGGAAGCAGACAACGACGUUGCCAUGGACGUCGACAACCAAGACGACUCCACCACCUUCGUCUUUGAAGACUUUGGCAAUCCUUCUGCAGGCUUCCAGAACAGCACAUCGUCAGACGACAUUGAUGAAGGGGCUGGAUCGGAGACGCCGCUGGACUCAAGGGAUGCGGAACUCAUGGGUCUGGAACGGCGGCAACUACCCACAGGAUGUUGCUACGACGACAGGAUGAAACUGCAUGCAAAUGCUGACUUCGGCGCCAAACCGCACCAUCCGGAAGACCCCGGGCGCAUCGAGGCCAUCAUGAUGAAGUUCAAGAAGGCAGGCUUGAUCUUCAUGGGAAGUGAUUCUGACUACGUCGAGGUCCUGCGAACAAAUCCCACAAAGUACAUGUGGAGGAUCCCAGCUCGAGAGGCCCAGGAGUCGGAAAUAUGCAAUGUGCACCUGCCGCAGCAUUAUUCCUGGGUUCGAGCCCUGUCUCACAAGUCUACGGAGGAACUCCGGCAAAUCACCAAGUUAAUGGACCUUGGAAGAGAGUCUAUCUAUGUCGGCAGUAUGACCUUUGAGGCCUCCCUCGUUUCUGCCGGUGGCGCCAUCGAGACAUGCAAGAGUGUGGUUGCUGGCAACGUCAAAAACGCCUUCGCAAUCAUUCGCCCACCUGGACAUCACGCAGAGUAUGACAUGCCCAUGGGUUUCUGUAUGUUCAACAACGUGCCCAUCGCGGCUCGAUGCUGCCAGAUCGAGUACCCAGAUAUCUGCCGCAAGAUACUGAUCCUCGACUGGGAUGUCCACCACGGCAACGGCAUUCAGAACAUCUUUUACGACAACCCGAACGUGCUGUACAUUUCCCUACACGUCUACCAGAACGGCCAUUUCUAUCCUGGACCGCCUGAAAACGAAAACAUUGCUGAUGGCGGGCUGGACAAGUGCGGCGCAGAUGCAGGCAUCGGGAAGAAUGUCAACAUUGGAUGGCACGAUCAGGGUAUGGGCGAUGGCGAGUACUUGGCAGCGUUCCAGAAGAUCGUCAUGCCCAUUGCGCAGGAGUUCGAUCCCGACUUGGUCAUCAUUUCCGCCGGCUUUGACGCCGCAGACGGCGACGAGCUGGGCGGGUGUUUCGUCACGCCGCAAUGCUACGCCCACAUGACACACAUGCUCAUGUCUCUCGCCGGCGGGAAACUGGCUGUCUGCCUCGAAGGUGGCUACAACCUGCACGCCAUAUCUAACUCUGCUCUGGCCGUGGCGCGAACCCUGAUGGGCGAACCGCCGCCAAGGAUCAACCUUCCCAAGAUUAGCAAGGAGGCUGCAAAGGUCUUGUCUUAUGUCCAGGCGUACCAGGCUCCGUACUGGGAAUGCAUGCGUCGCAGCAUCAUGAGCGUCCCCGACAUCGUGCACAAUGAUGGGAAGAGGCUGAACGAGGUCCUCAGGGGCUACCAGCGCCAGAACUUCUCGCAGAAUCAUGGCAUGUGCCCGCUAUAUAUUCAACGGGACGCGCUCUUCAGGACAUAUGAGAACCAGGUGUUGGUAACGCCGGACAUAGACAUGGUCAGACAUAUCCUGGUUAUUAUUCACGAUCCACCUAAGGUUAUGGCACAGCCUGACCCCUUGACCAAGUCACUGGAACCCGGCAAUGCUUGGGUGGUCGAUGGCGUCACACAGUAUGUCGACUGGGCAGUGUCGAAGAAGUUCGGCAUCAUGGACAUCAACGUUCCUCGCAAUCCUUCGGGCAACAUGCCUUAUACACCCGAUGUAGAGGAGAAACAGCUUGAGGCGGAGAUCAAGGAGCUGAUCUACCUCUGGGACAAUUACAUACAGCUGUACGAGAACGCGGAUGAAGUCUUCAUCAUGGGGGUCGGUUAUGCCUAUCUUGGAGUUAAGAUGCUCCUCUUAAAUAGAGACUGCAAGAUGAAAGUUUCGGGUGUGGUCAACUUCGUCACGGGCUCACUGCGACCCAUCCGAUCUGACACAGACGAGCGCCUAUCAGCGUGGUAUAAGGAAAACUCGAGGGUGUACGUAUCAAAGGAUCACUCGUGCUGGACGGACCCCAAGCUGCAAGGCAAGGUUAGGAAAAAGCGCUUCGGCACGGUGCUCCACAGCCCGGCGGGCUCGCUCAACGGCAUGAUGAAGGAGCACGCCAAGGAGGUGCAGGAUUGGAUCGCGGCCCGGAGCUUCGAGUUGCCACGCCCGGGGACCGGAGGGGACAGCACGGAGGAUGAGGCCAACAAGCUGGUUUAG